AUGUUGUGGAAAAGAAAAGGGAAGAAGCUCAAAAAAGAAAAAAACAACUCAGAACGUCCAGUUAGAAAGAAAAUCAGGAAAUUGACAGACGCGAAACAAAAACAAAAUGACUAUGGCCCCGCCAGUUUAGAUCCAGAUAUGUCCGAGUCUGAACUAGAAGUAGCUAAAGAAGAAUUUCUAAAGAAUUUAGAAACUCUUACUGCUGACAAGGACGCGAUUGAACGUAAUACGAAAAUUCGAAAAAAUCUUAUUACUGCCUUCAAUUUCGGCCCCAUUUGCAAAGGGCAAGUAUCAAAAGACAUUGCAUCGCAAUAA